AUGUCCCCACUGGACAUGUUGAUUAAUUUCCUCAAUAACCUUGUUUUCUUCUUACUCGGACCCUCCGAGCCCACACUGCGACUUCUCCUCAAUCGUCUAAAACAACACGAGGAGUUCCAAAGAUCCAAAGUGUUCGUGACUGGUGACUACUGCCAUUCGCACCACGGCGUCCGGCGAUGGGCAGGGACUAUCACCAUCCAAGUCUCUAGCCAAGGGAACUAUCCCGCCCAAGAUCUCGCAGACGUACUCGUCCAGGAACAAGCUGGGAUAUUCAAGAAGUCUGCUCCAUCCAACGACAAUUCUUCGGUGGUGACUAUGGCCAUUCCCUAUCGCUUGGGCAUACCCGUCAAUGUCAAGAUCGUUGCUUCCCGUUUUCGAAGAGAGGAGCAGCCCGGCAACACUUCCCGGGAGAAAAUCCUUCAGGAUGCUUUCAAAAAGUGUCCUAAAUUGUUGGAGGGCUCUGACUCUAGUCCUGACAUCCCGUUUCUUAGUCUCUCGCACGCAGUUCUGCUGGAAGUGGUGGAUUGGCUCUGUAACACCGAUCUAGUUUGGAGACUAGCCGGCCGGCUAGAGCCAGGACACCGGUGGUCUGCAGAACAGAGAAUGGUGAUUGAAGGCAAAGUGAGGCGCCUCGUUAGAUCGCAAAAAGGAUUGUGGUGGGGGAAGAAGAAGACCACUGAACAGUGGAAGGAACAUCUCCGUGUUGUUAUUAGCGGUUCACAGAAUGACUCUCCCUCUUUGUCUCUUCUUUCAGGGUAUCCCUGGUAUGUGCGCUUUGCUGGUAUUAUCGCUUCGGCUUGGGUUCUUUCUUAUUUCGUAUGCAUGCUUCUUAAUGGACUGUGGCCUAAAGAGCCGGAUUCGUAUUUUUCAUCUUUGUUUUCAGUGACGUCGCGACCUAAGGCGCGGGGGACCUUUUCGGAAUUCCUCCUUUGUGUUUGCAAUCAUUAA